AUGGAGGAGCGGCGGUACCGCUCGGCGUCGGGGGCGCCCAUCGCGCUGCGGCGCCGCCAGCACAGCGCCUCCUGCCGGGAGCUGGCGGUGCGCUGCCCCCGCCUGCAGCUCCGCUCGCUCAGCGCCGUCACCUCCGCCGUCUGGCUGGCGGCCUACGGGCUCUUCGUGCUCAGCGAGAAUAGUAUGGUGCUUUCUGCUGCUAUCUUCAUCACGCUGAUUGGCCUGAUCAUAUACCUGCACUUUGUGAAAAUUGACCAGGAAUCCCUGUUGGUCAUUGGCUCACUCGGCAUUCAGGUGACUUCAUCCUAUGCUUCAGGGAAAGAGAGCACAACCUUCAUUGAGAUGGGUCGCGUGAAGGAUGUGGUUAUCAAUGAAGCCAUCCAUAUGCAAAAAGUUAUCUACUACCUGUGCAUCCUCCUCCAGGACCCUGGAGAUCCUCAGGGAGUAUCUGAGGUUGUGCCACUCUUUCAGAGCUCCAAGCCACGUCUGGACUGCUUGAUAGAAGUGUACAAAAGUUGUCAAGAAAUUCUGGAGAAGAGGAAGACAGCUCCCCAAUCAAGUGGAAUAAAAUAGUAAAAAAAACCUAAGGCAGCAAACUUGCAGCAGGACUCAGAGACACAUGGAAAAGCAAGUAAAACUGCCCCAUGGCUUUUUUACAGUAAAGUGAUGUUAGGGCUAUAGGCCCGCACAGACUCACAGAGUUGUUACAGAGAAUGGCAGCUCAAGCACAGAAACAAGCCUUGAAAUCCUCUGCUAUGAAGGCAAGUGAGCA